AUGGUGGCGCUGGCUAUGCCUGAAUGCGAUGGCCGUACGCUCCCCACCAAGGCGGGCGCCAGCAGCAGCAGCAGCAGCCCUGCUCCCGUGCUAUUCCUGUAUAAUCACCUUCACGACGCCAUUCGGGCCGAGCUGGAUGCACUCUCGUCCACCGUGCUGUCGCUGGACGCGUGCGGCGAGGGCGAGGAGGUGGACGCGCUGCUGCGCCUCAAGGAGCGCUACCGCUUCUUGGAGCAGGUCUACAAGUACCACAGCGCCGUCGAGGAUGAGGUCGUAUACCCGGCAUUGGAUUCCAAAGUCAAAAAUGUAACCUCCGCGUACAGCGUUGAGCACCAAGACGAGGAGUACCUCUUCGAGCAGCUGGGCCAGCUCCUCGGCGGCGCCGUCGCGCAGUCCGGCGCCGCGCGCGCCGCGACAGUCCGGCAGCUGGUCUGCAAGGUGGAGGCGAUCCACACGACGCUGCGCAAGCACCUCGCCAAGGAGGAGGCGCAGCUGCUGCCGCUGCUACUGGCGCACUUCUCGCACCCAGAGCAGGCGGAGCUGGUUGCCCAGUUCCUGUACUGCAUCCCGCUGGAUACGGUUGAGCGCGUGGUGACGUGGCUGCGGCCCGCUGUGCCGGCGCGGGAGCUGCAGCAGCUGCUGGGUCACCUGGGUGACGUCGUGCCCGACAACCUGCUGCUGCAGCUGCUGGCCGCCUGGCUCAGCCCGCCGGGCGCGGCGGCGGCGGUGGCGGCAGGGGCUGCGGCAGGAGCAACGGGCGGGGUGGGGGCGAUCGCGACCGCGGCGGCGGCGGCGGCGGCGGCGGAUGGCGUGGGGGAGGCUGCAGGCGGCGCGGCGGGCGAGCUCGCGGCGGCGGCGCAGGAGGCGUGGCCGCCUUUGCAGGGCAUCGUGCUGUUCCACGAGAGCAUCAUGGGCGCCCUCGAGGCCUUCGCCACCGAGGCAGCCGCCCUGCAGGCCGCCCCCGGCGGCGUCGGCGCCGGCCAGCUCGCCGGCCUCGUCGAGCGCCACCGCUUCCUGCGCAGCGUGUGCGCGUUCCACACCCACAGCGAAGAGGAGGUCAUGUUCCCGGAGGUGAUGCGCCUCAGCCAAGGCGGCGGCGACGCGGGGGCGGCCGGCGCGGCCGGCGCCGCGCUGCAGGCCGCGGCGCGCGUCGCGUGCGGCACUUGCCAGCGGGAGCAUGCGGAGGAGGUCUCUCUGUUUGAGGAGCUGGGGCGCCUGCUGGCCGACGUGCGCGCGCUCGCGCGCCGCGGGCGCCGCGAGGCCGGCGGCAUGCUGGGCCAGCUCGUCGGCGCCGCGCGCCGCGUGUGCGCGGCGAUCUCGGUCCACAUGCGGCGCGAGGAGGCGGACGUGCUGCCGCUGCUCGCAGCCGCGCUCGCGCCGGAGCGGCAGCGCGCGAUGGUGUGGCGGACGCUGCGGGCGAUGCCGCUGCGGCUGCUGGAGAGGGUGAUGCCCUGGCUGGUGGCGAAGAUCCUGAGGGUGGCGUCGCUGGACGGUGCGCCCGCGGACGGCGCCGCGCCGCGCAAGCGGCCGCGCCUCAGCAGCGCCGACGGCGGCGGGAGCGGCGGAGGCGCCGGCGGCGCAGCGGAGGAGCAGCCACGGAAGCCGCGGUGGCUGGAAGAGCAGCAGGCGGUCUGCCGCGCCGGCUGUGCGCACGAGCUGGCUGUUGCAGACGCGGCCGCCGCGGCCCCGGCGGAGCCUGUCACGUCAGCGCCGGACGCUCCCGCGUGCGGCGGCAGCCCGAGCGAUGCCUCGCCCCACGCCUGCGCGCCGGGCGCCGCGCCCUCUCAGUCGGCUGCCGCGCCGCAGCAGGAGCAGCAGCAGCAGCCGCCGCCGCCGCCGCCGUCUCCCCUUGGCGUCAUCAAGCAGCGGCAGGCCGGCUGCGGGGUCAGCCCCAUAGACCACAUCUUUCAAUUCCAUAAGGCCCUGCGCCAGGAGCUGCGCCAGCUGGAGGCCGACGCGGCAGACCUGGAGGCGGCGGUCUUCGCAGGCCCGGCGGGCGAUGGCGGCGGCGGCGGCGACGCGGAAGACGAGGGCGGGGCCGCGGAGAGGGCGGCGUUCCGGCAGCGGUACUCGUCGGCGCUGCAGCAGCUGGACGGGCGGUUCAAGUUCCUGUGGGGCAUCUACAGGGCGCACUCUCGGUCUGAGGACGAGAUUGUGUUCCCGGCCCUCGAGUCCAAGGAGGCGCUGCACAACGAGGAGAACCUCUUCACUGACCUGGCGGCCAUCAUAUCCCAGAUGCAGCAGACCCUGCGCCGCGGCGGCCCCCAGGGCACACACCACCCGCAGCAGCAGCAGCAGCAGCAGCAGCAAGAGGCCGCAGGUCCGACCGCGGAGGGCGAGCCGGGCUCGCAACCAGCCCCGGCGCCCGCAGCCGCCGCCGCCGCCGCCGCCAGCGGCGGCGAUGACGUGGAGGAGGUGCGGGAGCUUGUGCUGCAGCUGCGCCGCAUGUGCGCCGCUGUCAGGGCCUCACUUGAGACUCACGUGCGCGCGGAGGAGGCCGAGCUGUGGCCGCUGUUCGCGGAGCACUUCACAUUUGAGGAGCAGCAGCAUCUGGUCGGCGUCAUCAUCGGCCGCACAGGCGCGGAAGUCCUGCAGGCGCUGCUGCCGUGGGUGACCGGGUCGUUUUCGGAGGAGGAGGCGGGGGCCAUGAUGGAAUCUCUGCGGGCGGCGACGCGCAACACGAGCUUUGACCGGUGGCUGGGCGCGACCAUGACGGCCGGCGCGGCCGGCGGCGGCGGGGGCAGUGCGGCGGCGGCGGCGGCCGCCCCGGCGGGGCAGCAGCAGGAGGAGCAGCAGGAGGAGCAGGGGGAGGAGCAGGAGCGGCGGCGGAGGGCUGACCUGGACUCGAGCCUGGCGGAGAUUGCGGAGUACCUGGUGGCGGCGCCGCCGCCCGACGACGGCCCCGAGGCCGCCGCCUCCCCGCCCGCCGGCGGCGGCUGCGCGGGCUGCGGCGCCGGUGCCAGCGGCGCGCCGCGGCGCCGCGCGGCGCCGCAGCAGCUGCAGGAGGCGAGCGGGACCGUCGCGGAGAGCAGCAGCUACCGGCCUGGCUGGGAGGAGAUCUUCAACAUCAACCAGAAGCAGCUGGAGGCGGCGAUCCGGCGCGUCAGCAACGACCCCAGCCUGGAGCCGCAGCGCAAGGCGUAUCUCAUACAAAACAUCAUGGUGUCAAGGUACAUCGUGGCCAACCAGCGCCGCAUGCGCGCCAAGGGGACGCCCGCCGCCACGCCGCAGGUCGCGCCGCGCCCCGGCUCCCCGCCCCCCGCGGCGCCGGCGCUCACGCUGCCGGCCGGCGCGGGCCAGCUCCACGAGCGGCACCAGCAGCAGCAGCAGCAGCAGCAGCAGCAGCGGGAGGGCGAAGGGCAGGGGCAGCAGCAGCAGCAGCGGGCGGCAGUGGCGGCAGCUGUCGCGUCGCCCGCGCCGGCGCGGCGGCGGCACGCGCGCACGUAUCACGACGAGGCCGCGGGCGUGCUGGGCUGCCGCCACUACCGCCGCAGCGCGCGGCUCGUCGCGCCCUGCUGCGGCGAGGUGCACACGUGCAGCUCGCAGCACCCAUUCCGCUCUUGA